UUCAAAAUAUCAAUAUAUUGUUCGAUUUCAGCUUUUUUUUAUAUAACUGGGUAAAUCAAUCAUUUUCGUGAUAAAAGCAUUGCUUAAUAUUAUUGUAAGCAAUAGAAAGCUCAUAUUAUUGAUACAAUGUCGAAACCACCGUCAAGAGGUGUCAUGAAAAUGAUAUUCAGUAAUUUUCUAAAUUCUUUAAAACCUCGCCAAUGGAAGGGCAAUUUCAUGGGGGAAGACUAUUUCGGUAACAAGUACUACGAGAUACCGGCAAACCCAGCAAUUGGUCAACGAAGAGUUCAACGAUGGUUCGAACCAACUGAAAAGGAAGCAUACGGUCAAGAAAUUACAGCAGAAUGGGAAGCAUGGUUGCGCGGAAGAAGAAAGGAGCCUCCGACGCAAGAAGAAUUGAAACGAAAUUUGGCUAUUAUGAAGAUGAAAGAACAAAACGCAGCAAAACUGGAGGCAAAAUAUGGCAAGAAAAAAGACGCUGACGAGUUAGAGAAGCGAACUACUGGCAUGGGAUCUUUCCCGGAGUAUGAAGACUACGAAGUAAUGCCCGGGAAAGGUAAAAGGGAAAAAUAAUGAAUAGUAAACUUAAUUUUGUGAUAGUGUCAGUUUUUAAAAUAAUGAAGCUUUAUUUUAUCCGCUCGUGAAGAGAAGCGUGCCUGUAUAUAUACAA